CGCCCCCUCACGGCGGUAUCGUCUGGUGUCUCGCUCCGCCCCCGCAGGAUGUGUCUCCGCCUUUGCCCCGCCCCCAUCCGGUGCCCUUUGACUUAGACGCCAGCUUUCAGUCCGCGGCUUCGGGUUGAGGCGCACUCCAGUGAGUAGGCAGAGCGCUAUGUUGACCAAACCUAGUGGAAGCAAUUAGCCCCGGAGGCCGGCCCAGCCCGUCACCAGGGUUAUUCCCGCCUUCUAGGUUUGCCAGGACCGCCGGCCCUCCAGCUGCCUUCUCCCCCCGGUUUUUGGCUACUGAUGUUACAAAUAAUAAAAUAUUGGAGCAUAGAGUUGAAGAAAAGACUCAAACCAGGUUUUUUGUUAAUUAGUUAAAAAUAUGGAUCCUGAAACAAGGAGACCAGAGAUUAUCAAAGUGACACCUUUUCAACAAAUGAUUGCCUCUUGUACUGGAGCUAUAUUGACAUCACUAAUAGUGACACCCCUGGAUGUUGUUAAAAUUAGACUCCAAGCCCAAAACAACCCACUCCCCAAAGGAAAAUGUUUUGUAUAUAGUAAUGGACUCAUGGAUCAUCUAUGUGUCUGUGAAGAGGGAGGCAACAAACUAUGGUAUAAGAAGCCAGGAAAUUUCCAGGGAACAUUGGACGCCUUUUUAAAAAUCAUUCGAAAUGAGGGCAUUAAAUCUCUGUGGAGUGGCCUUCCUCCUACCCUAGUGAUGGCAGUUCCUGCCACAGUUAUUUAUUUUACCUGCUAUGAUCAAUUAACUGCUCUUCUGAGAUCUAAGUUAGGAGAAAAUAAAACCUGCAUACCGAUUGUUGCUGGAAUUGUAGCCAGAUUUGGCGCAGUAACUGUGAUAAGUCCACUAGAAUUGAUUAGAACCAAGAUGCAGUCUAAGAAAUUUUCUUAUGUGGAACUGCAUCGAUUUGUCAGCAAGAAAGUGUCUGAAGAUGGUUGGAUUUCCCUUUGGAGGGGAUGGGCUUCUACUGUUCUUAGAGAUGUACCUUUCUCAGCAAUGUACUGGUAUAACUAUGAAAUUUUAAAGAAGUGGUUAUGUGAGAAAUCUGGUUUAUAUGAGCCAACAUUUAUGAUCAGCUUUACUUCAGGGGCAUUGUCUGGUUCUUUUGCAGCUGUUGUAACUUUACCAUUUGAUGUAGUAAAAACACAAAAGCAGACACAACUUUGGACAUAUGAAAGUUGUAAAAUUUCUGUGCCUUUGCAUAUGUCAACCUGGGUUAUAAUGAAGAAUAUUGUUGCUAAGAAUGGAUUUUCUGGAUUAUUUUCAGGCCUGAUUCCUCGCUUAAUUAAAAUUGCUCCUGCUUGUGCCAUUAUGAUCAGUACAUAUGAGUUUGGAAAGGCUUUUUUCCAGAAACGAAAUGUUCGAAGACAGCAAUACUAGCGAUGCUGUUUCAACUUGAAAUAACAACUGUAGCCCAAAGAAGGUGGAGACUCUUAGGCAAGAAUGUUUUUCACUAUUAUUAUAAUGAUUUUAUGUCUGUCUUUCCUAUAAUUUAAAUAAAUAAUUUCAGCUCUACCUCUUAAUUGUAAUUUUAAAAUAAAUUUUAUCCUAUUUUUGCUGAUAUUGAAAAAGAUAUUCUAGAAGUCACAACCAUUGAGCAUUCUUGUAAAAAUAAGAAAAAUUGCUCAGCAUCAAAAACAAUCUCUGAGAGUUUAAUAUUAUGUUUCAGUGUAAUGUAAUCUUAUUGAGAGUGUGUUGAAUACACCAGAAAUGUGUGCUGAGUGAUGUAGAGUCUAGAAGAAAAAAGCCCAAGUCUUGUGCACAUUUAAAUGAUGUACAUAGGUAUUUCCGUAUUUCAGUAGAUAAAGCGUCAUUAAAUAGCAUUGUUCACAUUUACCAAAUAUUGCCUGUUUCUAUUAAUUCAAAUACAUUAGGUUUCCACCUCCCCCCGCUCCCCACCCGCCCACCAUGUUGCUGUUUUAAGGCCUCACGUGUAUUAAGAUUUCUCUGAUCAAAAUUGUGGCUGUUUUCUUAUGAACCAUAAUAUCAUUUUGUGUGAUGUACCUUCUGCCAUUUUUGAUGACUAAAUGUUUGUAUUUCUACUGUUCCUGUAAGGGAGAUUCUACUGAUAGUAGCAAAUUUUCACUUCAGUCAAACUUGGGUGCUCAGUGGAAAACCACAGAGGAUUUAGACUGGUAAAAAUUGUUUGCACACAGGAAUAGCCUCUGAUUUUUAGCCAUCUUGUAAUCCAAGUAUCAUUGUUCCUGGAAUUCUUUAGGUCAUUUUUAUUGCCUUGUUCUAACAAGUUAGAGAUUAUUGCUACAAUAAUAGUUGCAAAAUAUUUCUAAAAUGCCCUUUUAUUUUUAUACUUAGUAUGGUAGAGGCUAAACAAGAAGUUGUUUCCUUGAAGACACUGCUUUCAGUCACUGUACAUAUCUAAAUAAUUUAGCUUAUGAUUGUAUGUAGGAAUGAGUUAAAGGAUAUGAUGGCAGGAAAAGAAAUGGUAUUCAUUUUUUUAUACUUUAGUUUUGUUUUCUUAGGAUUUAUAUCCUGUUUUUUAAAAACACUUUAUUGCAGUUUUUGUUUAUUUUAGGAAUGUUUGAAGCAUUUUUUUCUCCCCUAAAAUGAAUAUAUUUAGAUGACAAGUCUUCUUUAGUGGCGGUUGAGGAAUUAAUUGAUUUUGUACUAUAGUAGGAAAGUGUUUGUAUGUUUCGCCAGAAAUGAAGUAUAUAGGGUUUGUAUGUAAUCUAAUGUUAUUAUUUUAUCCUAUGUUGAUUUACCUUAAAUUUGUAACAUAGCCCUAUAAAUAUUCAUGACUUUAUUUCAUUAAAAUGUUUUAUGUCUUCUUAAAAUCAUCACUGUGCUUCUGAAUAUUUUUAUAUAAAAUCAUUAUAUAAUGUUGUACUGUGAUAUAUAUAUAUAUAUAUGAAAGUUUAUCUUGAACAGUGCUCUUUAACAAUAUUAAAUUUAUCUUAGUUUUGCUAUGCUUAUGGAUAAUUCAUAGAAAAAAGCAGAUAAACUUAAUACUGUACUCCCAAAAGGCAGUUAUAUAUUUUAGUUUAAUAUCACCUAUGAGAAAUGUUUCCAUGUCUCCUACCCCUCACUGCACUUGAGAAAAAUUCUUAUUUGUGAAUAAAUUAAGGUAAA